AUGGAGCAGUCUGAGCAGAUAAAUGCUUCUUCGCUCCGCGAGACGAGUCUCGCCCCCCUUCCCCCCGGCGCAGCUAAUAAUCCCCUCGUGUCUACCCACUCUCUAGCCAUGCCCGACUACGAGCCCAUUCGGUUCGUUCCGGCGUCGCAUGAAGCCCAGAUAUUAAAAAUCCCCGUCUCGCGCAUCUACGCCGCGCCGCACAUCCAAUCUGACAAUACAAACCACUGGUGUUUUUAUCUCCUGACCCCCAAGGGUAUCUCGGUCGCCGUGGACUGUCAAGCGAGUGGCGUCGUCCCGAGUACCAUCCUCGACGGAGGUUCCAAGGCGGUUUUGACCGUCGGCGAGCUAGAGUCGGCCCUGCCACCCGACGCCGUAAUGGCAUUUCCGCUCGAUGUGAUUCCCGGGCUUACGGUGGCGGGAGUCUUGCACAAAUUAACCGAGCAUGGACGCCACCGCUACGAGUUCACCUCAAUGGGUGUGGGAUGCAGAUACUGGGUCACGAACCAGAUCGAUCUUUUUGCCCAAGUCGGAAUGUUGGUUGAUCUGAAACAGUGCGAAGCUGCUAAGGCCGCCGCCGCCACGCUUUGGCCCGAUCGAACGCCGUUGCCUUUAGUUCGCGGCGCCUAUUACCAAACCCCAUUAGCUGGAUGA